ACCCCGCAUCUGCUUGUCCCCUUUUCCGACGACUUGUCGUCAAAUUGUAAAAGUGUUAAAUUUUAUCGAAAAAUAAUUGUGUAUUUAUGUUUUUCAAGAGGAAAAAAGUAUUUCAAUAAUGGAUAAGUGUGGAAUAUGUUUAAAGCCAGCGGAGCAACUCUUUGAAACUGGUAAGGAUGGAGUAUAUGCCUGUUUCAAAUGCCAGCCGCUUGUGCCGGAGGUGACCAUUGGAGAUAAUGAUCAGGGAACUUCAGAGCAAUCAUCUAACAAUGAUGAGGAUCAAAGUUAUGGAAAUUAUCAGUGUAAUGUCUGUCAAAAGUCAUUCCAGAAAAAUAUGCAGUUGCAAAAUCACAUGCGGAACCAUCGCGCCGAGAGACGUUUCAUGUGCACAUUCUGUAAUAAAGCCUUCUCUCAAUCAAAUAAUUUGCGGGCACACCUGCGUAUCCACACUAAUGAGCGACCUUAUAAAUGUCAGGAAUGUGGCAAAGCCUUUACCCAAGUGACGAAUUUGAACAAUCACGUUCGACUCCACACGGGCGAGAGGCCUUUCGUUUGUCCGGAGCCUGGAUGCGACAAAGCGUAUGCGCAGGUAACAAAUCUCAAUCAGCACCGCAAACGACACCUAUCGGGGCGCCCGUUGGAGAACUCGUACCAGUGUCCCAUAUGCGGGGAGAGGUUCUCCCAGCGGAAUCACAUGUAUGCACACAGACGAGAAGCGCACUCGACGCUGAAGAGCCCGGUGCGCGUGCGCUUCGCGUGCUCGCUGUGCGACGUGAAGCUGCCCACCGAGCGGCUGCUGCGCGCGCACCUCGCGCAGCUGCACCACCACGAGGACGACGAGCCGGAGCAGGUGCAGUUCAAGUGCGUGUUCGCGUCGUGCGGCGCGGUGGUGGCGUCGCCUCGUGAGCACACGGAGCACCUGCUGCGCGCGCACCAGCUGCGCGUGCUCGCCACGCGCGCGCACCGCCCGCCCAAGCGCGGCCGCCCGCCGAAGAUGAUGAAAGAUCCACUCGAUCUCGGAGACCAAUCAGAAUAUGAAGAGGUGAAAAUCAUAAAAGAAGAGCCUCAAUUCGUCACCAAGUUAAAAGUGCAAAGUUUGUUCCAAUGAGUUUUAGUGACUGGUUGAAAGACUAUACAAUAUCGGAUGGCGUUCGUGCCGGAGAGUAGUCAGUAUUAUGGUUGAGACUGUAUCCGUUAAUGUAAAAAGUGUGGAAAUCGUCUCUCCGCCCCGCUACGUCUAUAAACGGUUUGUGAAUGCAACAAAAGGCCGUUUACACGGAAUCGUGACGACAUGUCGUCCCGAUGUUUGUGGGAACAUAUCGGAUCGCGAAAUUUACAAAAGGCAGUGGGACAGUGUCGUCUCGGAUCGGUGAAAAUGGCUAUGUACUUAGAGUAUAUUAUUAUAUAGCAUUUUGUAUAGUUUUAUUUCUACUAUAUUAUUAUCAGAGGUUUAAGAGAAACUUGCCGGAAUAUAUUAAAUAGAAGUGGCAUGGAAACCAUGUUUAUAUAUUGUCCCUCUAUUUAGAUUUAUCGCAUAAUACAGUGUUACAGAAGUAUAUAUGAAUUUGGGGGUUACAUGUGCCGUGCACCGUAAAAGAUGAUUUUUUUUUUUUUUGUGAUCAAAAUUUUUAUAAACGGAGAUGUGCAAUAAUUCUAUCGGUUUUAAAAUUGUGUUAUUUUUUUUGCACUUUUUCACUGCAUAUUUAUUUGAGCUACUGUAAAUAUGCAGUAAAAUUCAAUGAUAUCAAAAGGUAAGGAUGUCGUAAUCUGUAAGGAUGUCGUAAAAAAGGUCAUAUAUAAGCGAAAAAAUUGUAUAUCGAUUAUUUUUUAUCUAUGUUUAGAAAUAUGCCAAUUAUAGUAGUAUUGUCAAUUAUUAAUUUUCGAUUUAACUGGAUCGCAUUGCAGUAUCAUGUCAAUAAAUCUGUUUCAUUAAGGUUGUUAUCAUAAAAGCUAUUUAUGUUUUUCGCUUUUAUAUAGAUCCUUCACACAAGGGCGUACCGUAGCUCAUACAUUUAUUUUUGCAAAGAAUUAAAUAUAUCUUAAGAAUCGAAGAAAAAACGCCAAUAUACGCCCAUUUUUUUUUCUCUUUCAAUUUAAUGUGACAGCUAUAAAAAAUUAUCUAAAAACUUAUAAUGAUAGUGUUGAAAUGAUCACCAAAAAAUAAGUUAUUAUAGCAUGUCCACUGUUUAUCUGAAACUCAAAGAUAUAUGCAUUCAACACUUAAUUUUAUUAACAAAUUUUUCCUAUGUUCGAAUUUUUUGAAAUGAUCUCUUUCUAAAUUAUUUAUUUGGCAUUAUAUAACGGAGCGAAUAACCGGAGUGUUGAAGAUUGUGAAUAAACAAUUAGUGAUAGUGAUUAAUUAAGAAAAACAAAAUAUUUAGGCUGAAAAUCACGCUUUGCACUUAUCAUGUAGGUAAAUAAUAAUACUCUGUGUUUGAAAUAUAAGAAUAAUGAUUGGUGAUACAUUGGAGUAAGCGGAUAUAUUAUAUAUAGCAGUCGUAUUACAAGGUUUGGCGGCAUUUGGGGAUUCAUAUGGCAAACAAUUACUAAUAUUGACAGUUGUUUUCCUCCUAUUUUUUUUUUUUCGAGAAGCAGUUUCCUAGCGAUAUUAAGAAAAAGAAUUACAUAUGAAUGACAAUAAAAUUCUGCGAAACGUUAGCCAGUGUCGAUUUAGAGUGACCACCACAAUUUGGCUGUAUGUUUUGAACAUAUUGAAUCUUGUUCUAUAACAAUAUUGAAUUGAAUUAUAAGAUUAUGUAUCAAAGGGGAAUUUUUUAACUUAAUAUUAAAUUGCGUAUUUUGUUAAUUGCCAUAUGCAUUGUCGAUGUUGUUACACGCACAGAACAGAAAAAAGAGGUUAGAAAGGAACUGCUUCGGUAUUUAUAUUUAGAACGCGUGCCGUUGCUAUGUUUUAACUUCUGAACUCCACUAAAAGCAAUAGACCCAUGCGCACGCGCAUUACAUACAAAUAUUAGCUAUGUGCACUCACACACAUGCAAGAACAGUUUCUGUUACCUCUUUUUUCUGUUCUAUGUGUACAAGAUGCACAGAUAGACGUAUUUAGAGAAACAUAAAUGUCUAACGCUUUACUAAACGAGUGUAGGGGUGCAAGGAUCUAUUGGCACUUGGGUGUGAAAUAAGGGUUGCCAAAAAAAAAAAUCUCAUCAUAAGUAUUAUGUUUAGAAAUUGAUUUAAAUGAAUGUACUUAGUACAGUCUAUUUUGAAUCAUUUUAAAUUUGAAUUAUUUUAUUAUACAGACAGGCUGGCAUACAUUUUCAAUGUCUCUUUAAAUAUGUCCAUGGGUGUAAUAAAAUACUAAUUACAUACAGAGAUAUAGAUUAUUAUUGAUUUAUUUUAGUAAAUAUUUAUAUUUAUGUUAUAUAACAUAAAGUUUUAUGAUUUUCUUACCCGUGAAAGGUAUUAAGGUUCCAUUCACAGUCAAUCCAUCGCGUAAAAUGGCGCAGGCCACGCCCUCUACGAAGGACUGUCAUAAAAAUUUUGUAUGUCGACUCCCUCCAUUUCGCCUAAAUCACUUAUCGUCGUACCAAAUGAAUUGGCUGUGAAUGCCCACCUGUAUUGGUUUUCAGGUUAUUAUGUUUUAUUAUAUUAUAUAUUCAAAUUAUUGGGUCUGAUUGCAAUAUACAAAUGUAUGCAAAACAAAAAUUUAAUUUUUCGAUACAAUUAGCGUAAGAGCUCGUCAGAUAUUUACAGAUAUAUACUUAUUAUAGCCUUUGUAAGAGAUCAAUAAUAAUAAAUUUAUUUGUAACUAUAGCAAUAUUAACAGCAAGUACAUAUUGUAUGAAGUGAAUAAUAAAUAGUUUUAACAGAAGGUAUUUGCAUAGAGAGCACAUGUUGAUAAAUUAGAUAAGUGAUAGAUUAAAUAUUAUAUAUGGAAUACCUUUUGUGGACUAUGGUUUAUGUAGUUAAAUUGUUUAUUGAAUAUAUUUUGUAUAAAUACUAACUAAUCGAUCGUAUAUCUCACUCACAACAGGAUGAAAUCGAAAAUAAACUUAAAGAUUAAAGUUAUUUAAUAGAUGUUAUUAUGUCAUUAUUUAAAGCAUUGGAUGAUUUAAAGAUCUUUAUCAAUUGUUUCGAAGUGUUUGAAGUUGAGUUUGAAGUCUUCAUUAUUGUGAAACCAAUAAAAAUACAAAAUACUUGCCGCAUCAGAUAACGUGUAUUAUAUCAAAGUUUAAUGUACUAUAUUUACCAAUGAAAUGUAAGGGAUGGUCCUUAUUAGUUUGGAGUGAACACUUAAACAUGCUCGACAUAUUUCGUUCGCAUGUUAAUUAUUUAAUUUUAUAUGUCAUUUAAUAGUACAAUGUAUGCCUAGAUAUUAAAAAAAAAGUUAGGCUGCAUACAGAUUAAUUUUAACUAAAGACAUUUAAUUAAAUUUAAACGCCGAUAUCCAAGAGUUUGAUAUAGCACAUUGUCUAAUACGAGAACUUAGUCAUAUCUGUUUUGUUGUGGCUUAACUUAUCAGAUGUCUACUCAGACUAAAACAAUUUAACUGCAGAGACUGUAGUAACGUUAGCGUAAGGUGAAAAUGUUCCUAUGUGCGUCAGAGAAUCCGUGAAGCGUGUUGUUUAGUUGUAGUUGUAAUAUAGUCGACCAUACUGUAGCCUUGUUGAGCAGUGCGGAGAUUUUUCUAUUAACAUACAUUUAUCUUCAAAUAUACAAUUUUAAAUAUAA